GCGUCCACAAGAGAGAAACACUCAGCAAAUUGAAUUUAGUCGUUUACGUCACUUUGUAGCGAUUUUCACCAAACUAAGCAUGUUUCGGCCUAUAGUGUCAUGUAAUACCAUUUCCACCGAUCAACUUUAGUUGAUAAUACGUAUUGUAAAGUGCAGUAUCUUAACCAGCUACAUUUUAAAUGGUCGAAAUGGUUUAAAUCGAAAUAAUAUAUUUGAAAGGCAAACGCUUAUUUUCUUAUUCAGCUAACGCGUUAGCCAGCUACUGACUGUUUAGACUGCAAACGUUAACUUCACAUGGCUUCUGUCCUGAAUGUUCAAACCCUACAGGGUUUAAGAAUAUUUCAACAGUCCGUGUCCUGCCUUGUUCUUUUAUUAUCUCAUCUUAGGAAAUUGAUAUGGACCAAAGGAUUUGUGCGGUUUGCCUCAAUUGGGCAAGGCAGGAUAGAAAAAGUCCUCAUUGCCAACAGAGGAGAAAUCGCCUGCCGUGUGAUGCGAACAGCAAAGAAGAUGGGUGUGCGCUCUGUGGCAGUAUACAGUGAUGCAGAUCGUCAUUCCAUGCAUGUGGCCAUGGCAGAUGAGGCCUAUAACAUUGGGCCAGCCGCAUCCCAGCAGAGUUACUUGUCCAUGGAGAAAGUCAUGGAGGUUGCCAAGAGAUCUGGAUCACAUGCUGUCCACCCAGGAUAUGGCUUCCUGUCAGAGAACACAGAGUUUGCUGAGGCAUGCAAACAGGAGGGUAUCAUCUUUAUUGGCCCUCCAUCAUCUGCUAUCAGAGACAUGGGUAUCAAAAGUACAUCAAAAUACAUAAUGUCAGCUGCGGGUGUUCCUAUCAUCGAGGGUUACCACGGAGAGGACCAAUCGGAUGAGAAGCUCCAAGCUGAGGCUGUCAGGAUAGGCUAUCCAGUGAUGAUAAAGGCUGUGCGUGGCGGGGGUGGUAAAGGAAUGCGCAUUGCACACACCACUGAAGACUUCCACGAGCAGCUUGAGUCUGCGAGACGAGAGGCUCGCAAGUCCUUCAAUGAUGAUGUCAUGCUAGUGGAGAAAUUUGUAGAGGACCCCAGACAUGUGGAGGUCCAGGUUUUUGGGGACCAGCAUGGAAAUGCUGUCUACCUGUUUGAGAGGGAUUGCAGCGUGCAGAGAAGGCACCAGAAGAUCAUUGAGGAAGCACCAGGUCCUGGAAUUAGCAAGGAGGUGAGGCGGAAACUGGGUGAGGCAGCCGUGAGAGCAGCCAAAGCCGUCAACUAUGUGGGAGCAGGCACUGUGGAGUUCAUCAUGGAUGCACAGCACAACUUCUUCUUCAUGGAGAUGAACACGCGUCUGCAGGUGGAGCACCCUGUGUCUGAGAUGAUCACUGGUACUGACCUGGUGGAGUGGCAGCUCAGAGUGGCUGCAGGGGAGAGGCUGCCCCUCCUGCAGGAGGAGAUAGAACUGAUGGGCCAUUCGUUUGAGGCCAGGAUAUACGCUGAGGACCCCAACAACGACUUCCUCCCUGGGGCAGGACCCCUCCUUCAUCUGUCGACACCCCUGGCAGACGAGUGCACACGCAUCGAGACAGGCGUCAGGGAAGGAGAUGAAGUGUCAGCCCACUACGACCCCAUGAUCGCUAAACUGGUGGUGUGGGGAGAGGACCGCUCUGCUGCUCUGAGGAAGCUCAGAUACUGCUUACGUCAGUACAACAUUGUAGGCCUCAACACCAAUAUUGACUUCCUGCUGAGUCUGUCUGGCCACCCAGAGUUUGAGGCGGGGAAUGUGACCACCAGCUUCAUCCCCCAGCACUAUGAGCAGCUGUUCCCCAAGCCCAUCCCUCCCUCCAGGGCCACACUGUGUCAGGCUGCCCUGGGCCUGCUGCUCAGAGAGAGGGCCAGCACUCAAACCUUCAGAGACCAGUCCAAUGAUCCCUUCUCUCCUUUUGCCUCCAGUAACGGCAGGAGGGUGAACAUCCUAUAUAGUAGGAAUAUGAUGCUCCAGCUGGGUGAAACUAAAGUGGAAUUAACGGUUACAUAUAAUCCAGAUGGGACCUACUCUAUGGAGAUUGGAGGGGAAGUGUUCCAGGUGUCAGGGGAGGUGGAGACACAGGGACAGACAUCAUUCCUGCACUGCUCUGUGAAUGGGGUGAAGUCCCGGCCCAAACUGGUCAUCCUGGAUAACACAGUACACCUCUUCUCUAUGGAGGGUAGUGCGGAGGUGAGCAUUCCAGUACCCAAGUUCCUGGCUGGUGUGAGCACAGGAGCACAGGGAGGAGCUGUGGCACCCAUGACUGGGACCAUUGAGAAGGUGCUGGUGAAGGCAGGAGACACAGUACAGAUGGGAGACUCCUUGAUGGUGAUGAAUGCCAUGAAAAUGGAGCACAUCAUCCGAGCACCCAAAGCUGGAGUCAUCAAGAAGGUGUUUUUCAAGGAUGGCUCCCAGGCCAACCGGCACGCAGCCCUGGUAGAGUUUGAGGAGGCCGCUGAGGAGGAAUAAUCUAAUCCUCAUGUGUGAAUAUUUAUUUGUGAACUUUGAGACUAAGUUACUGUAGAAAUCAAAUCAGGCAUUUUAAAAUUCAACCGGAAGGGUUGAUGCAUUUUCUACAGGAGUAGCAAACUGCUGUACAAUCCUAAGGGAACACACUACAGGUCCAUGUGGAUCACACUGUACAGUUGCCAGAAAAUUGCCUUCAUGUUUUGUGGCAGAAAUGUGUCGAUAUUUAACAAUACUGGUAUAUUUGCUUAGGUUUUUUUUCUAAUCCAAAUUUUCUGAUGGCUGUGUAGAAGUCUGGCUUUUGUACUAUUCUCCUCUUGCAGUUCUCUCUUUGCAGACUGCCAUCAUUGAAGUCGUUUGUGGUGUUGUCAAAAUGAAGGGUGAUGUAAAAAAUAAAUAAAGUCAUCAGUGAUUGGUUCUUCUCUAACCAAUCAGAAUUUUCAAAAUGCCACUUUAUCAUCAGUUUCUGGGACCAAUUAGAUGGUCUAGAAUGGAUUUCUAUUCGGGGAGUUAUUCAGAUCGACUCAUUGUGAGGAAGGGCAUGGCGUCGCAUUUGGCCAGAGCAAGGACAUUUUCUUCUAGCUUCAGUUUUGUACAUGCUGCCACAUCUUCUAUAGCCUGGUCCCAGAUCUGUUUGUACUCCUUGUCAUGAUAUCACAAACAGACUGGCACUCAGGCUACAUUUUAGUCUUGGAAAUCCCAGACCUAGGGUAACAUUGUGGGAGCCUAGCUACAUCUCAUGAUUCAGAUUCAAUCCAGGAUGUGAAAUUACAGUAAGGGCUAUUCACCGAUAACGGCCUACCUUGUAUUGGUUACUUUAGUCCAUGGAAGAGAUUACCUAUCAUUAAACAACCAAUUUGAGAGAAGGUUGGUGCUGAAAUCAGUCAGGGUUAAAGUGUUGAAUCCCCCGAAGCACACACUCCUGACAACUUGUUUGUGGUAAGUUAUGUCUGCUAACCUGUGUGCUGUCAUCCAUUCAAUAGUGAGCCUAAUCGUUAUUGGAGUGUUGCCAAAUAAAAAAAAUUCUAAAAGAUAA